GGAAAGAAGAGAUAAUAUGGUCAAGACUCAAGAGGAGCUGAGAGAGCGCCAAAAUCUUCCUCAAAUCCAAAACCUCCUUCAUUGAUGAAUGUAAUGGCAUCACCAAGAAUCUAUGGUUUAUCACUGUCGUCCAUGGACGCAGUCAAUUGCGCUCCGUUCCUCAAGUGGAGAGAUUUUAAUGACGGGCUCGGGGCUGACGCAAAACACUCGUUUCGAUUUGGCUUCAGAUUAAGAGUGAGAGCGAGAGGGGUUCUGUGGUCGCCGCCGGUGACCCGCGACACCAACGGCGCCGGAAUCUCCAGAACUCGGAGGACUCCGGUUGAGAGCGAGCGGCGCGACUCCAUAUCGCUGCUGAAUGAGAGGAUCCGGCGUGAGCACUGCAAGAGGGAGUCUCAGCCGUCGAGGCCGUCCAUGGACGCCAAGGAGGCCGACAUGUACAUUCAGAAGGUGAAGGAGCAACAGCAGAGGGGUUUGCAGAAGCUCAAGGGGGAAAGGGUGGGCGGCGACGCCUCAUCCGCCUUCAGUUAUAAGGUGGAUCCUUAUAGCCUCCGCUCCGGAGACUAUGUGGUUCACAAGAAAGUUGGAAUCGGGCGUUUUGUCGGCGUUAAAUAUGAUGUUCCUAAAGGAGCUUCAUCCGAGCCAAUUGAGUAUGUUUUCAUAGAGUAUGCUGAUGGAAUGGCCAAGCUACCAGUUAAGCAGGCAUCACGCAUGCUAUACCGCUACAAUCUCCCAAAUGAAACCAAAAAGCCACGGACAUUGAGCAAAUUGAAUGACACCACUACAUGGGAGAGGAGAAGAAUAAAGGGUAAAGUUGCUGUUCAGAAAAUGGUUGUUGACCUGAUGGAGCUGUACUUACAUAGACUCAAACAGAAACGGCCUCCCUACCCAAAAGUUUCUGCCACGUCUGAAUUUACUUCCCAGUUCCCAUACGAACCAACUCCCGAUCAGAAACAGGCGUUCAUGGAUGUGGAAAGGGAUCUGACAGAGAGAGAAAACCCUAUGGACCGACUGAUUUGUGGGGAUGUUGGUUUUGGUAAAACUGAAGUUGCAUUACGUGCCAUAUUUUGUGUGGUCUCAGCUGGCAAACAGGCAAUGGUUUUAGCCCCAACAAUAGUGCUCGCCAAACAACAUUUUGAUGUUAUCUCAGAGAGGUUCUCUAGUUAUCAUAAUAUCAGGAUUGGACUUCUAAGUAGGUUUCAGACCAAGUCAGAGAAAGAGACACAUCUACAGAUGAUUAAGAAUGGUGAGCUGGACAUUAUAGUUGGGACUCAUUCGCUACUGGGUGAUCGUGUUGUGUAUAAUAACCUUGGCCUGCUUGUUGUUGAUGAGGAACAGAGAUUUGGAGUUAAACAGAAAGAGAGGAUCGCUUCAUUCAAAACUUCUGUUGACGUGCUCACACUUUCAGCAACACCUAUUCCACGAACUCUUUAUUUGGCACUGACUGGAUUCCGUGAUGCCAGUUUGAUAUCAACACCACCUCCGGAGAGGGUCCCAAUAAAAACCCAUCUUUCUGCAUACACAAAAGAGAGGGUAACCUCUGCUAUUAACCAUGAGUUGGACCGUGGUGGCCAAGUGUUUUAUGUUUUGCCUCGUAUUAAGGGGCUUGAAGAGGUUAUGGAAUUUCUGGAACAAUCCUUUCCAAAUGUUGAGAUUGCAAUAGCUCAUGGAAAGCAAUACUCUAGACAGCUUGAGGACACCAUGGAAAAGUUUGCACAGGGGCAUAUUAAGAUUUUAAUAUGCACAAAUAUAGUUGAAAGUGGGCUUGAUAUCCAAAAUGCCAACACCAUUAUAAUUCAAGAUGUUCAGAUAUUUGGCCUUGCUCAAUUGUAUCAGUUGCGUGGAAGGGUGGGCCGAGCAGAUAAAGAGGCUCAUGCAUACUUAUUUUACCCGGAUAAGUCACUGCUUUCUGAUCUAGCACUUGAAAGGCUUGCUGCUUUAGAAGAAUGUAGAGAUCUCGGCCAAGGCUUUCAAAUUGCAGAAAGAGACAUGGCCAUUAGAGGCUUUGGUAACAUCUUCGGUGAGCAACAAACAGGGGAUGUUGGAAAUGUUGGGAUCGAUCUUUUCUUUGAAAUGCUGUUUGAAAGCCUAUCCAAGGUAGAUGAACACCGUGUAAUUGCCGUUCCUUACCAUUCAGUGCAGUUUGAUGUGAAUUUGAAUCCACAUCUUCCUUCUGAGUACAUAAAUUAUCUAGAGAAUCCCUUGGAAAUUUUAAAUGAAGCUGAGAAAGCUGCUGAAAAGGAUAUCUGGAAUCUAAUUCGAUUUACCGAAAAUCUGCGUCGCCAAUAUGGAAAAGAGCCUUACUCCAUGGAAAUAUUGUUGAAGAAGCUAUACGUGAGGAGAAUGGCUGCAGAUUUAGGAAUCACUACAAUAUACGCUUCGGGCAAGAUGGUUCAAAUGAAAACAAACAUGAGCAAAAAGGUUUUCAAGCUGAUGAUGGAUUCAAUGGCAUCUGAAGUUCAUCGAACUUCUCUUGUUUUUGAGUAUGGAUCAAUCAAGGCUGAACUCCUACUGGAACUUCCAAGAGAACAGUUGCUCGACUGGAUCUUCCAGUGUUUAUCUGAACUUUACGCUUCACUACCCGCCUUGAUAAAGUAUUAGCAUCCAGUAGAGAUGCAGCGCUAGUAUACACAGACAUGUACAAACUAGAUAUAGAGAAAUGCAAGUUCAUUGGUGCAGUAUACAUACCACUUUGCUAGGGGAGUUGAUUGAAACAAGAUGUUCACUGACAACCUAAUAUUGUCAAGGACAUAUAUGGAGGGAACCUUACGAAGCAUAUAAAGCAGUCGACUCGGCCGAUUUGCAGGAGAUAUAUACGGCAAGGUUAGGCUGGAAAACAUGUUGACAAGAAAUUUGGUUUGACCGCAGAUACAUAUGGUUUGUUACACUUGUAUUCAAUUUGGGAACAAAUUGAAAAUUUUAUUGUGUAUUAUGUAAUUGUUAGCCUUCCCCUACAAACUUGAGUAAUAGAUAGCAAACAUUUCAUUCCA